AUGUGCCUUAGAGGUCAGCCCCCACCCCAAACCUGCAACUCAGACCUCCCGCUCAACUUACUUCUCUCUCUUCUUGCUCACAGAUUGACGAGAUGCCUGAGACUGCGGUGAAGUCAGCAGCCAACAAAUACCAAGUCUUUUUUUUCGGGACCCACGAGACGGCAUUCCUGGGCCCCAAAGACCUCUUCCCUUACGAGGAGUCCAAGGAGAAGUUUGGCAAGCCCAACAAGAGGAAAGGGUUCAGCGAGGGGCUGUGGGAGAUCGAGAACAACCCUACAGUCAAGGCUUCUGGCUACCAGCCUCUGCUGUCACUGCCACAGUCCUCCCAGAAAAAGAGCUGCGUGGAGGAGCCGGAGCCGGAGCCGGAGCCUGAGGCCGCAGAGGGCGACGGUGACAAGAAGGGGAACACCGAGGGUAGCAGUGAUGAGGAAGGGAAGCUGGUCAUCGACGAGCCCACCAAGGAGAAGAAUGAGAAGGGGGCGCUGAAAAGGAGAGCAGGGGACCUGCUGGAGGACUCCCCGAAACGUCCCAAAGAGGCAGAAGAUCCUGAAGGGGAGGAGAAGGAGGUGGCCAACUUGGAGGGUGAGCGGCCCUUCCCUGUGGAGGUGGAGAAGAACAGCACCCCCUCGGAGCCCAGCUCUGGCCGGGAGCCUCCUCCAGAGGAAGAGGAGGAAGAGGCUGCCAAGGAAGAUGCUGAGGUCCCAGGCAUCAGAGAUCACGAGAGCCUGUAGCCACCAAUGUUUCAAGAGGAGCCCCUGCCCCGUUCCUGCUGCUGUCUGGGUGCUACUGGGGAAACUGGCCAUGGCCUGCAAACUGGGAACCCCUCCCCACCCCACCUGCUCUCUUCCACUCACUCUCCCUCCCCAAGCCCGGUCCCCGGAGAUCGACCUCCAUGCCCCCACACCGCUGGGAUCUGAGUCAGGGCUAUGUCUUCUGCUCCAUGGGCUGAGAUGAGGCCACUAUGUCCCUCCCUGCCUGGAUCUGGGUCCCAGGGUUUCUGGACCAGCUGUUUUCAUCUCCUUACACCCUUUUGCCCCUCCCCCAGGCAUUCUGGGUCUCUGGGUUGGUUUGGGUCAGAGUUAGGAGUAAAAAGGAUGGAGGGUAAAUGGCAAGGGUGGGCUUCUGGGCCCUGAGAGGGACAGUCCUCAGAUCGGGGUGGGGAGUGGGCAGGAGGACGGCAUCUUCUUGAGCUCCUGUCCCUUCCUCCGACACCUGUUAUCUCAGCUGCCUAGAUUCACGGAAAGUGGGACAGCUUGCAGGGGAGGGCCUCCCUCGAUGAUGGAUAACACCCAUUUUUCCCUUUGCUGAUAACCCCAGGAGUUCUGGGAGUUGUAGUUAUUCAUCAAAAGAUUUUGGGCUUCCAGUUGUUUGGCCCAUGGACUUGGGAUCUGAAGGGCCGACUUCGCUCAGCUUCGGUGGGAGUGUUGAGGAGUAGCUUCUCCUUUUAGAUCUUGGGCCAGAGAUGUGAUGCCCUGGGGAGACCCCUCACUGCCCUUUCCCUCUCCCCACAGUGCUCAAGGCCAGCCUGCAGUCACAUGUCACCCAGACAUAAAGGAGAGACACAUUUUUUAGGAAAUGUUUUUAAUAAAAGAAAAUUUAAAAAAAAAUUUAAAGAUCCCUAUCCCUCUGUGUGGCCCCCACUCCGCUCUUUUCUUCCUCGCUGUUGCCCUCGUUUCUGAGGUGCACUGGGAGGCUCCCCUUCUGCUAGGGCUUGAUGACGCUCCUUCUGUAGUUGGGGCUUUGGUGUCCCUCCUGGUGUCAUUUCCCACCCACACGCUCCCACCCGGCUCCCUCCGUGUUUCACCAGAUCCGAUUGUACCCACUGAGAGGCAGGGAAGUGAGUGCCCCUCCCAGCCUCUUUCUCGGGGUCUCUCUGCCUCUUCCAUCUCGUGCCCCUCUCCCUCUCCCUAGGGCUCUGAUGAAAAAUUGCUGACUGUAGUUUAGCUCUGAGAACCGUAGACAAUUUCAGUUCUAGGAAAAUAAACUUGUUGAUUACUACA